AUGGCCAAGGACCUCUCCGCGGCCACGUCCUACAUGGAAGAUGAUUUCUACUGCCCCGUCUGUCAGGAGGUGCUCAAAACCCCCGUGCGGACCGUGGCCUGUCAGCACGUCUUCUGUAGAAAAUGUUUCCUGACUGCAAUGAGGGAAAGCGGAGCACAUUGUCCCCUGUGUCGUGGAAAUGUGACUAGAAGAGAGAGAGCAUGUCCUGAACGGGCCUUAGACCUUGAAAAUAUAAUGCGGAAGUUUUCUGGUAGUUGCAGAUGCUGUGCAAAACAGAUUAAAUUCUAUCGCAUGAGACAUCAUUACAAAUCUUGUAAGAAGUAUCAGGAUGAAUAUGGUGUUUCUUCUAUCAUUCCAAACUUUCAGAUCUCUCAAGAUUCAGUAGGGAACAGCAAUAGGAGUGAAACAUCCACAUCUGAUAACACAGAAAACCAAGAGAAUACAAAUUCUUCUGGUCAUCCUUCUUUUAAGUGUCCCCUGUGUCAAGAAUCAAAUUUUACCAGACAGCGUUUACUGGAUCAUGGUAACAGUAAUCACCUAUUUCAGAUAGUUCCUGUGACAUGUCCUAUUUGUGUGUCUCUUCCUUGGGGAGAUCGUAGCCACAUUACCAGAAAUUUUGUUAGUCAUCUAAAUCAGAGACAUCAAUUUGAUUAUGGAGAAUUUGUGAAUCUUCAGCUAGAUGAAGAAACCCAAUAUCAAACUGCUGUUGAAGAAUCUUUUCAAGUAAACAUCUGAAGGCUGUAGACAUCUCUGCAUCUUUGUACCUGCAAGUGCCAUCUUUAAGGGGGAAACUACAUGAAGUCACUGUUUCAGUAACUUGAUGUGUAUAUUAAUAAAAGUAAUUCAGUCA